GCCGCCAGGCGCUCUCGCGAGAGCCGGCCGCUGUUUGAGCGCGAGGCGCGCGCCCCGCUGCACAGGGCGGGGGACCGGCCCCAUGGAGUCUGCGGCCCCCAAGCAGCCGCCGCCGGCCGGGAAGAGCAGGAACCUGCCCUGGGUGGAAAAAUAUCGUCCUCAGACACUGAAUGACCUAAUUUCCCAUCAGGACAUUCUGAGCACCAUUCAGAAGUUCAUCAGCGAAGAUCGUCUGCCUCACCUUCUCCUCUAUGGACCGCCUGGCACUGGCAAGACCUCCACAAUUUUGGCCUGCGCUAAACAGCUCUACAAAGACAAGGAAUUCAACGCCAUGGUUUUAGAGCUGAAUGCUUCGGAUGACAGAGGAAUUGAUGUAGUCAGAGGACCCAUCCUGAGCUUUGCUAGCACAAGGACAAUCUUUAAGAAAGGUUUUAAGCUUGUGAUCCUGGAUGAAGCAGACGCCAUGACCCAGGAUGCCCAGAAUGCCCUGAGGCGAGUGAUUGAGAAAUUCACUGAGAACACCAGGUUUUGCCUGAUCUGUAACUACCUCUCCAAGAUCAUCCCUGCCUUGCAGUCCAGAUGCACAAGGUUCCGCUUUGGCCCCCUGACUCCAGAACUCAUGGUCCCCAGGCUGCAGCAUGUCAUCCAGGAAGAGAUGGCUGACGUAAGUGAAGAUGGGAUGAAAGCAUUGGUGACCCUCUCCAGCGGGGACAUGCGCAGAGCUCUGAAUAUUUUGCAGAGCACCACCAUGGCCUUUGGGAAGGUGACGGAGGACACCGUGUACACCUGCACCGGGCACCCCCUGAAGUCUGACAUUGCCAACAUUCUCGACUGGAUGCUGAACCAGGACUUCUCCACUGCCUAUAAAAAAAUCCUGGAGCUGAAGACGCUGAAGGGUUUGGCUCUGCAUGACAUCCUGACAGAGAUCCACUUGUUUGUGCACCGAGUUGACUUUCCACCUUCUGUCCGAAUCCAACUCCUGAUCAAAAUGGCAGACAUCGAGCACAGACUGGCUGCAGGUACAAGUGAGAAGAUUCAGCUAAGCUCCCUUAUUGCUGCUUUUCAGGUCACCAGGGACUUGAUUGUAGCUGAGGCUUAGGUCCAGUGGCUUCCUGUGAGCACAGUUUACACCCUCACCCCUCCAGCUAAGAAGUAAAAGAAGAAUGUCCUUGUCUGAA